AGCGAGGUGAAUAGUCAGCCAAGCUAGCGGACAGCGGAGCGCGUUCACGGCCGAUUUUUUAAAAUCUCUGGCACCAAAAAAAAAAAAAGUCAACGCGUCUCUGUAUAAGCAACUCACCGUCAUAGAACUCUCCCUUGACUGAUGGAUUUCUUAACGUCUGUUGACAGACUGCAGAAUCAACUUUCAAAAUACAAACGCAGAGAUCUGCCGGGCAAAACAGUCGAUGCUGCUUCCGAUUCAAUAGUACCUUGGGAUUGGGUUGCAAUAAAACUUUCGAAUCUGUUGCUACAGUAUCCUGCUGGAAUUACAGAAGCUAUUGUUCUCACCGAGCUGGAAUCUCAGUGGGCUGAUAUUGAUAAGCAGUAUCAAAAUGGGACAGGCACAAGGUAUCACUCCAUCGACCACAUAUAUAAUGGAAGUUUUUCUAGCGACUGCAUUGUAGAGGUCACAAUUGAAAAGUUCUACUACAUCCCAGGAACUUGCUUCACCGUGCUGGUUGUGUCUGACAACACCAGUAUCAGAAAAGUAGAGUUAUUACUGCACCAAAAAUUUACAUUUUUGUUAGGUAACCAUGUACUGACUUCGUCUCGACCUUUUUUGGAGAAACGAAAAGUCAAACUAGCCGUGGUUGGAGUAGUUGUAUCCAAGUCAUCCAUAGAAACACUAUCAGGUUCUCAACCCCAAGACGCUGAGAAAAUGACGCGGGUUUCCAAAUUGCCUAGGAUACCUCCCACUGAACAAUUGGUGUUUCUGCUCUCAGCUACAUAUGACCGAGCAUUUGUCACAUCGCAGUUCAGUUCUGACUGUCUUAGCGAUCUCAGAGCAAGUGGUACUCGGCGCUACAAACUCUGGCUAAAGCUUCUACAUAUUGACAAAGCAGCACAUACUUCUUCGGCUGCAGCGUAUGGAACCAGUAGGGGCCAUUACUUGAAACUAUACCUCUGCGACACAUCUGAUGAAGGUAGUGGCGCCAUACUUACUCUAUACGACCAUCAAAUAUCCUUGUCAAGCAUGUUGAAGAAGGGCGAUUUCAUUGGUUUAUAUCAUCCAGGGUUGAUUGAAUCGAGUACUGAAAGUCAAACCCUCGGCGAUGGCUGUGUGCUCUUGGAAUACACUAAUGAGACGGUUAUAUUCUGUAUGCCAGAACAAGAUGCAGAAGCAGCAGAAUUGACUAAUUUGAUGAAAAAAAAUUCGUCAAGCGACCCAUCGCGCUCAGAAAAGUCUGCCAGCCAAGCUGCAAAUUCAAUUGUAUCGCAACUCAGCGAUUUCGCAGGCGAUAAUAAGGACGUUAUGGACUGCCGAAUGUACAAAAAGCGAGUCUACAUCAAGAACCUUCGCUCACACAUGAUCAAUGUAACACUGUUCGGGCGGAUUGUAGCCAUGGCGAAUAAUAAUCCAUAUCGCGGAGGAAAAGGAGAUCAGCCAAUGGAUAGAUAUGCUAUCAGGCUCGUAGAUGAGACCGCACAAAUCGACGUGACGCUUUGGGAAGCGGUCGGCCAUCGUGCAAGACGAUUGAGAGAAGGUCAUUAUGUUCUGAUCACCGGUCUCUCUACCUCUAAAUUGUACAAAGACAGCAACGGCCAAACCACUUGGUAUGUGAACGGUAGCACUAGCUGCGGCACAGAAAUCGUUAAUGUGUCUACCAUUCAGUGCUUGCUUGCUUCAUCAUGUUUCCGCAAAAUUGUAGGGUUGAAUACCAUUUCAAAUUAUGAGCAAUGCCAUGUUUGCGCGACUGUAACCGGCUGGUAUAUCAGCCACGAAAACGGAGAGCGUAGGCUAUGGGAAGGAGAAAUUAAAGAGGAUGGCACGGUGAUAGAGGAUAAGAACUCGGGCGUCCGUUUAUCUCAUACAAGAUGUUACGGCCACAAGUCAUGUUUGCGAUCCGUCACGGUCACGGACGAUGGCCAACUACCAUACUGCUCCUUUUGCGCAUGCUCGGUCUACAACCAGCAGGAUCUGGUUCGAAUCUUUGCAGGAGAGUUGGAUGAAGAAGGAGCUGUGCUCUACUGGACACUGGAUGACGGUACAGGGGAAGUUGUUUUUGCCGAAGCUGGCCAAGAUAUUUCAGCGGUAAGUCAAUAAAUCUAUUGACUAUGCAUUGAUCGAAUUUUUAUUCGGACAUUCAAUAUAUACCCAAUUUGUAUUACUGCAAAAUUUUGUUCUUUCAUCUCACAUCCUUUUUGGCAUAGGAGUUUCUCAACACGACAGCAUCUCAGUUUCUUACCCUCGGCAUCAAAGGUCAAUUACGGGCAUUGGACUCUGUGGUGGGAAAAGAGUAUUGGAUGAGCAUGAAUCAAGUGGUAAGUUAAUUGACGCGUUUAUGUUAUAUUUAGAAUACGCACGUUCAAUUGAAUGGGUAACCAUUUCACAGGCAGAAGGUUGUUGGCGAAUAGAAUUGGUAGUACCUACGGAACCCUCUCUUAUUGUGUGUGAUACACUAAUGCACGAGGUAGCUGGAGGCGGAGUGUAGCUGGCUGAUUACAGGCAAAGAAGUCUAAAUGGUG